GGUAGGAUGUCGCGGCCAGGGGAAGUGGGGCUGGCCACUGAUACAAGAGAUGAAUUAAGAAUCGAUGGUCGGAGCUCUGCUGUCUUUGUUAGAAGUGUAAACUUCUUCGCCAAAUACUGUGUCAUCGGACAUUAUUAGCUACCUUAGGUAGCUAGCACUGGCAGUUUUUUUUUUAACACACCGGAGCCGAUUCGUGGCUUUUUUAGGUGGUGCCGUGCGGUAGGUUGGGCGGGAGCUGUUCAAUUUCGCGGGCUGGAACUCAAGCGACACGGCCGCCCUUUUUCCCCGUUUGGUUUCAAACGCCACGCGACAACUUCCGACUGCUUUCUUUUGCAACACACCGACUGUGAUGCAACGCAACGAACCCCCCCCAAUAAAUAACGACGAGAAUUGAUUGCAAACAUUGCCGAAACAACAGAACAGUACAGAGGGAAACAAAUACAGAAGGAAGCAAGAUGGCAGCCAACGCCAUGUGGGAGGUUGAUCCCGAGACGAGGAGCAAGCUCGUCACGAUCCAAUCCGAACCCGGCAACUCCCUCUGCUGCGACUGCGGCGCCCCGUCUCCCCAAUGGGCAUCCCCCAAGUUUGGAAUCUUUAUUUGCUUGUCUUGCGCCGGAGUUCACCGCGGACUGGGUGUUCACAUCUCUUUUGUGCGAUCAAUCAGCAUGGACGCGUUCAAGCAAGCCGAAAUCGAGAGGAUGAGACUGGGAGGGAAUGAGAACUGGAAGAAGUUCUUUGAGGAGCACGAGACAAACAAGAUGAUGGGGGUGAGCUGGGAGGGUGCGACGAUUGCGGAACGAUAUUCAGGGGAGGUGGGUGAGGAGUGGAAGGAGAGGUUGAGCUGUAAAGUUGAGGGGAGGGAGUAUGUUCCCGGGCAGAAGAAGGAGACACCGGUGGCCAAGAGCUCACCGGCGGCGGCGGCGGCACCGUUGGGAGGGAGUAGGACGGGGAGUCCAGCGAAUGCUGCGCAGGGCGGGGGGAAGAUCAAGGUGGAUGUGGAUUACUUUGCUAAGCUGGGGGAGAGGAAUGCGGGUAGGUCGGCAGAUUUGCCGCCGAGUCAGGGGGGGAAGUAUCAAGGGUUUGGCAGCUCGGGGACGUCGAUGCCGCAGAGGAGUAAUCAGCAGCAGGCCGGGUUGCCGGGGCUGGAUGAUUUGCAGAAGGAUCCGGUGGCGGCGUUGAGUAAGGGGUUUGGGUGGUUUACGAGCUCAGUUGCGAAGACGGCGAAGACGGUGAAUGAGGGGUUUAUUCAGCCUACUGCUAAGCAGAUUGCCGAGUCAGAAUUUGCCGCGCAAGCUCGUGUUGCUGCUGCCAAUGCGGCCAAGGCUGCUCAGGCUGGCACAAAGACUGCUUCUGAAGGGUUCACAAGAUUUGUGGAGGGACCUUCAGGUAGUGGGUAUAAGCCUGUGAGGAGUGAGAACUUUGAUGAGAGCAAGAGGGCGUUCUGGGAUGAUUUCGCAUCGGCGGCGGACAACAGGAAGACGAGCGGGAACUCCAUUGGGACUUCGGCGCUGGGUGGGAACAAGCCUUCUUCCUCCGCGCCUCCGAAGCAGAAUAAUAAGGACGAGUGGGAGGAUUGGUAG